AUAUUUAUGAUGUUUAGAAAAUAGACGCAGAGAGCAGAAAACUCCACGCAAACACACAGUGGGGGGUUUAUAGGGGAAAACGAAAGGAGGAAACACUAGGAGGAGGUGGUGUCUGAGUCGACACUAAAAACAUGUCAAUCCGACGAGGCGUUGGCGGUUUGGCCAAAAGACUAGAGACUUGUUACCCAUUCUUAAAUUCUUACCUCCGCCCCACCACCGCCGUGACGACCACCACGACCACUCAUCUCCCCGGUGAACACAGCAUUUCACCUACAUAUUUCGACGAUUCUCGGUCUGCAUUUUCAUGGAUUUUUUUGGCUGCCCCAUCAGUACUGUUUCUUGGGGUGAAUUCAACCACGGUCUUGGCAGAAGAUGUUUCAGUUGGCUUGAAAAGUGAAGAUGAGAUAAGUAGUGAGACUAUAAGCGGCUUACGCAAAAUUGAGGAUGGGUCUGUGGUCUCAAAUAUACAUACAUCCAAGUGGAGAGUUUUUACUGAUACGGGAAGAGAUCGAUUUAUGCAGGGAAAAAUGGAGGAUGCAGAGCGUUUAUUUCAAGCUGCUAUACAAGAAGCUAAAGAAGGUUUUGGAGAAAGAGACCCCCAUGUUGCGUCGGCAUGCAACAAUCUGGCUGAGCUGUACAGAGUGCAAAAGGUAUUCGAUAAAGCGGAACCCUUAUAUUUGGAAGCUGUAAAAGUACUUGAAGAAUCAUUGGGACUCGAAGACAUACGUGUUGGGGCUGCGCUUCACAAUCUUGGUCAAUUUUAUCUUGUACAACAGAAAUUGGACAAAGCUUGUGUUUCUUAUGAGCGUGCUUUAAAGAUAAAGAGGCGUGUUCUCGGGGAGGGGCACACUGACUAUGCAGAUACAAUGUAUCAUCUGGGAACCGUGCUGCAUCUCCUUGGAAAAGGAAAGGAUUCUGAAGCCCUUAUUCAAGAUUCGAUUAGAAUACUUGAGGAUAAUGGACAAGGAGAAUCUGUAAUAUGCAUCAGGAGGUUGCGGUAUCUUGCUCAGAUAUAUAUCAAGUCCAGUCGAGCUGAAGCUGCGAUGAAUAUACAAAGAAAGAUACUGCAGAAGAUGGAAUUAACCAAGGGGUGGAAUUCCUUGGAAACUGUGAUUGCUGCUGAAGGACUUGCCUUGACCCUCCAGUCAGUUGGGAGCUCCAGGGAAGCACAAGAGCUUUUUGAAAGAUGUCUUCAUGCCCGCAAAAUGUUACUUUCUAAAGACCAUAUUCAGAUUGCUGGGAACUUGCUUCACAUAGCCAGAGUUGUAAUGCAUAAUUCCAGCCAACUAAAGAAGACAUGCAGUUCGGAAGCUAUCACUGAGUUUAAUAAGGCAAAAGAUCUUUUACAUGAAUCAGUAAGGAUAUCACUGUGUGCUUUGGAUAAAUUGAUGGAAGAAAAAAAGAAGAAAUUAAAAGGCAUAUCAAGAGAAACUAUUAGGAAUGGGCAUGCAGCUCUGAUUAUACUGUUGCAAUCAUAUAACACCCUCGGAACAUUGGAAAUCUCUAAGAUGGGGAUAUCUGGACAUGAACGGAACUAUGGACUGGUUCUUGCUGCUAAGAAAUCUUUUGAUCAGUGCAUCUCUGCGUUCAAGGAGUAUGGAACCUGGAGAGAAUUGUCCAACUCUAGUGAAGCGAAGGCAGAAUAUCUUUCCUGUUUGAAGCAUCUUUCUGCUCUACUAUCUGAACACGAAAAGGAUAUGAGACUGUCUACAAGAACUACUUUGCAAGAACUCGAAGAUGAAAUUAAGAUUGUUGAAGGUGAGCUUCAAUUUGACAAACGAAAAACCGGUAGUUGGGGUAAUUGACUGACAUAAAGUAAACUCCAUGUCUCACCCCAUUCGUUCUGUAGAUUUUCUUCAUCUCUAGUUUAACAUGUCUAUGGUUUCCUAGUGGACGCAAUAAUGCCUGCAUGUUUUGAGUUUGGUUUUACUGUAUUUAUAAUCUUAUUGAAUUAUCCUUCUUAAUAAGACACUUGCUCUAUUUUCUUUUUAAA